AUGCGUGCCAUCGAGCUCGCCGAGAUCAAGAUCCUUGACCUCCCAAUCAUGUUCCCCAGCCUAUUACCCUCGUUGGGCCGGUGUGCUCUCACUCGAGGGACUGCAGCCCGCCCGAUAUCCCUCUGCAAAGGCGCUUUGGAAGCAGAGAAAAGGUAUUAUACUGUCAGCAUGGUCCUGGGUACUGUCGCACUCGCUUACGGCUCCGUUCCUCUGUACAAAAUGAUCUGUCAACAAACUGGUUGGGGAGGCCAGCCGAUUCUCACCCACCGAGGCGGCAACGAAGACACGGCGUCCCGAGUGACACCAGUGACUGACUCCCGGCGUUUACGCAUCACAUUCAACGGCUCCGUAUCAGACGUUCUUCCCUGGAAGUUUACCCCGCAACAACGAGAGGUCCGGGUGCUACCGGGUGAGACCGCACUGGCAUUUUACACAGCGACGAACAAGGGCCCAAAUGACAUUAUUGGCGUUGCGACCUACAGUGUGACACCUGGCCAGGUCGCUCCAUAUUUUAGCAAGAUCCAAUGCUUCUGUUUUGAAGAGCAGAAGCUGAACGCUGGGGAGUCGGUUGAUAUGCCUGUGUUUUUCUACAUCGACCCUGACUUUGCUACGGACCCAAACAUGAAGGGUAUUGACACAAUUACACUUUCUUACACGUUCUUUAAAGCAAAAUAUGAUGACAAUGGAAUCUUGAAGCCCAUUGCAUCUUGA